GGUGGCCGGGGCGGGGGCUGCUGCUUUGAGGAUGGGAAUCCUCUUCACCAGGAUAUGGAGACUGUUCAAUCACCAGGAACACAAAGUUAUCAUUGUUGGUCUGGAUAAUGCAGGGAAAACCACCAUUCUUUACCAAUUUUCUAUGAAUGAAGUUGUACAUACAUCCCCUACUAUAGGAAGUAAUGUUGAAGAAAUAGUAGUUAAUAAUACACGUUUCCUAAUGUGGGAUAUUGGCGGCCAAGAAUCUCUUCGUUCUUCAUGGAACACUUACUAUACUAACACUGAGUUUGUCAUAGUUGUUGUGGACAGUACAGACCGAGAGAGGAUUUCUGUAACUAGAGAAGAACUCUAUAAAAUGUUAGCACAUGAAGAUCUAAGAAAAGCUGGAUUGCUGAUUUUUGCUAACAAACAAGAUGUUAAAGAAUGCAUGACUGUAGCUGAAAUUUCCCAGUUUUUGAAGCUCACUUCAAUUAAAGAUCACCAGUGGCAUAUCCAGGCGUGCUGUGCUCUCACUGGUGAGGGAUUGUGCCAAGGACUUGAAUGGAUGAUGUCACGACUUAAGAUUAGAUGAUCUCUACUGACCUCUAUUUGUAGACUUUGCAUAAAUGAAGUGCUGGACUAUAAUUAACCUGAAAGCUGCAAAAAUUAAUGGGUUAGAUAUAUUUAUAAUAAACUGACAAAUUUUUUCUAUAAGAAACAAAUUAAGACCACUUCUUUGAAAAGAAAGAUGGAGUCUCACGUUCCAGUUUGCUUUCACAUUAGUUUCUUCUGAAGUUAGGUCUUAAAGCUGUGAUUGACAUUUCUGUCAUGAUGAAUCCUCUCAGGACAUUGUGUAGUCUGUGGUAAGUAUAAAGGGAGAGGAAAGCAUUUUUAACUACAAGAGCUUUAUUAUCAGUAUAAACCUCCCUAAGAUGAAUGUUGUCUUUUUGUUUGAUUAAGUCAAAAAUUAUCAGCGGCAUAAGUAUUCAAUUUCCACUAUUUUUAAAUGUAUUGUUAAUAUGAGAAAGAUGUUUUGCAUCAGUUUGUAUAUGUAUUGUGUGUAUACCUCAAAUUUAGGUUAAUGGCUUUGAUUUCUAUACUAAAGAAAGGUGAAUAAUAUAUCUAACCUAAGUGAAUAACAUGCUUACUUAUGCCUAGAAUGAAACCAGUACGUAGAUAUUGACAUGCCACUUAUACUUUGUCCUUUAUGUUCUCUGUUUUGUAUUAACAUACCCAGAAAAAUUUUGCACUGCUUCUUUAAAAAAAAAAGAAAAAUGGAAAGUUUCUAAAUUUUGAGAAUGGGGACAGGGGUCAAACUUAAUCACUCACACACACACACACAAUAUGGUACACUGGAGUGGAAUUCUUAUGCAGUAGUUGAUUUAGUAUUAUGAACUGCCACUAAUUUAUUUCCAGAAUGUUCUUUUUUUUUUAAAGGACUAAUACUGUCUUAUUUAAGUAAUCUUGUAUUUGAAAUUAUGAGAAUACAAUUUAAGAAGUAAAUUUCCAAAGUCAAUUAUGAAAAAAAACAUCUAAAUGUGUCUUCAAAUGGUGUAACCCUUCAAAGAUUCUGAAGUAUUGGUUUUAGUUAGAAUCAUUGUAUAUACGUCGAAUUAUAAUUUUUGAUGAAUUUGACGUCUUCAUGAAAAAUGCAUACUGUUCUGGUCACUGAAAUGUGGAGGUUUUGUCAUUGGUUCGUAAUGGUCGGCUAUGGAAGGCAAGAAGUUUUUUUUUUUUACUUUUUGAGUUUUAAAACAUAUCAGAGUAUUUUGAGAACAUUUAAAAUUAUAGCUAAGUGACUUCUUCCCAUUUAUAUUGCUUAAUCACUAGGAACUAGAAAAAGCAAACAUUUCUAAAUGUUUAUUAUUUCCAAAUGAUUCUGCAUGGUAGGUGACUUAAAGUAUUCUAUAUUAAACUUUAUUGACAUUUACAGUACUGUUACUCAUAGUGCUAUAAAUGUUGAAAUGAUACCUUUAAAAAUUUGUUAAAAUCAAAAUAUAAGCCUCUGAUAUAACCAUGAACAGUCUUUAUAUCAAUACUGUUACCUUUAAAAAAUUCUUGUGUAUUAUAUUGGCUUAACUUAAAAAACCCAACUAUUUCAAAAUAGUAUAAUUCAAAGUAUACAAGAAAUAACAGUAAAGCUUAAUGUGAGCCUUUUCAAAAUUAAUAAAUUUAUAGGGAGAAAUAGCUGCAUAUGUCAUAAAUAAUAAUAAUAUAGUUUUAAAAAUCAUUACUACCAAAAUAUGUAAUAAAAAUAAAAAAAUUUUAACUAAGUCGGAAGCAUGUGGUUUGGAUAGAUUAAGGGCCUUGUGUUUUAUGUUUUUAUAGCCAAUAUACAUUUUCAAGUUUAAAAUGAAAGCAUGAAAAUUCUAAUUAUGUAAAGGUCAGUAUGCUUUUGCAAAAUGAAUCAUCAAACUAGAUCCUUAUUGAUCCAAGUUUUAUGAAUUUUCAACCUCUAGGUAUUCUCAAACUUUUUUCCCAAGCCCUUAAGUAAAAGAAGUUUUAGUAAAAUGUAGAGGAUAUUUUAGACCCCAGAAAUGGUAAUUAUAAUUAGAAGUUGAGACUUUCUUAAAGUGGGGGCACAUUAAGCAUCUCUCCAGUUUUUACUUUGACGUAGGUCCCUUUAAUGGCUGCCUCCAAGUCAUGUUGAUGCCAGUAUGCUCUCUUUCUAAUGUUUUAUUUUCCAAAAUUAUUGUAUAUUGUUAAAUACAA